UGAAGUUAGAUCCGAAAGCCCCUGGAAGCUUCUUAUGACAGUAAUAUCCUAAAUUUUCUCCUUUGAAUCGAAGAUUUUGAAUUCCAAAGUGUGUAGAAGGCCCUAGAAUCUUCCAUGGGGUCAAUUAUUUUUAACAUAUAUUACCAGAAAUCAGCAGAAUGAUUACAGUUUGAAGUCAUCAUCAUUCCUUGCCAAUUUAUCAUUCUUCCUCCGCCAAAUCUGUGAAGUGCAUUUUUGUGUGCAAAUUGUGACAUUGAGUGAAAUAUGCAGAACUCAACUGCCACAACAUUUGAGGGUUCUUCGUCCUCAGGGAAUGGCAGUAAUGAUGCUGGAGAUUUUGAAUGCAACAUCUGCUUUGAAUUGGCACAAGAUCCUAUUGUGACCCUCUGUGGUCACCUCUACUGUUGGCCAUGUCUGUAUAGAUGGCUAAGGCUUCAUUCACAAUCCCAUGAGUGCCCUGUUUGUAAGGCUCUAAUACAAGAGGAAAAGCUUGUUCCUCUUUAUGGAAGAGGGAGGACUUCUACUGAUCCCAGAUCAAAACCAGUACCUGGAGUUGAAAUUCCUAGAAGGCCAGCAGGGCAAAGACCUGAAACGGCGCCUCCACCAGAAUCGCAUACUUUUCCUAAUCCCGGGUUUGGUCUUAUGGGAGGAUUGUUUCCAGGAGCAACUGCAAGUUUUGGUAACUUCACUAUGUCUGCUGGUUUCGGUGGAUUAUUCCCAUCAUUACUCAGUUUUCAGUUUAAUGGAUUCCAAGGUCCAGCUGCAUUUGGUACAGCACCAAAUUACUCAUUUGGGUAUCCUCCUGCAUAUCAUGGCGCGAAUGUUCACAAUGCUGCUGCACACCCAUCCCAAGGACAGGCAGAUAAUAAUCUGAAGUUUAUGUUCUUGCUUGUUGGAUUUCUUGUAUUCCUAUAUUUAUUUGGUUAUUGAAUGAACUUUCUCCUUCAGCUGUUGCCCGAAUACUGACUUGUAGUAAUCAUUCUUAAUGGUUGUAAAUAUGUUGAAUUUUUGCACUCUGAAGUUGCAACACAAAGAUGAACUGAUGUGAUUAGUGGAAUCUGCGUUGCAACACGAAAAUUGUGGUUCUUGAUUGUUCAUUAAAGUUUGUUUUUCCAUU